UUUUGAACGAUAAAAUCAACGGUAUGUGAUUGUUUUGAUUCAGUUGAAACGGGUUUCUAGCGGCAUUCGGUCGCAUGCAGUAGCAAUUCGCUAAUUGUGGCUAAGUGACUAAAUGGCUAAUGCAUAAAUUGCCAUACCAAAUACUCUGUGCGGUGUUGUGAUUAGUGUCUACAUACAAUAACAGCAUAAUUAAGUUUGGCAAAAUGAAGCAGACUGUAGAAUAACAUAUGUGUGUGUGUAAGAUUUCUUACAGCUGCUCGAAAUAGCUUAAAAUAUUACAGUAAAAGCAUUAAAACAUGAAAAAUAACUGUGCUUAAAUUAAUAUUGAGUUCUUUAAACUAAAAACAAAUGAGCCCUUGAGUACCAAAAUUUGUAUAUCAUAAAGAAUUGUGGAAAAAGUUUUCAGAUUUUUAGUGGCUAAAGAUUAUCUCUUCACAUAUUUAACGGAUUUAAAUAUAAAGAAAUCUCUUACUUGUGGAUUACGGCGAUUUUUAGUGACAUUCUCAGCAAAGCACUACCAAACUUUAUUAAAUUUAUUUGUUUUGCGACAGAAAUUUAUUAUGAUGGCAUUGCUACACUAAUUUGAGACGGUUUCAAAAGCAUCUCUAACUUUGAAAUUCUAAUGGAUCUACUAAAAGAAGAGAAAGGAAAAGUAACUUACCAAGAGCAAUAGCAUUGAAGAAGUCUAAAACUCUUAGGCUAAAAUGGUCGAAGUAAUGAAUACUGAGAUCCAAAGCGCUACGAAAUAAGCAGACAAUUGAAGUUAAGAAUUAUUAAACUUUAACAUAUUUGACCAUAACAAAGUUAUCAAAGGAGAACACAGUGCAUGGUCGAGUUAGAAAGAAAUAUGAAUGCACAGCAAAACCAGAAAUACAACACUAAAUCUGCAAGCCUUGUCACAGAAACUAUAGCCGCCGUUAUGGCACCCAUUUUGGACACGAGUAAUGCGUCGUAUGUGGCAACAACUUACAACGUGGAUGCCGCAGCAACAACAGCGAUAGCGCUACCCUAUUGGAGUAGCGAUGGCGGCGAGGAGGGCGGUGGUAGUAGUAGCUAUAGUGGACUUAGUGCGACAGCGGGCAGCACUCACGCCUAUAAUGACACACAGGCGGCAGAUUGCAAUUCGAGCGUUUAUUAUGAUUAUCCGCCACCAUGUCUGUCCUUUGACGAGCCGGCGAAUGUAUCAUAUUGGAAUGUAACCUGCGAUAAUCCGUUGGAAUAUGGACUACCUUUGUAUGGCUAUUGCAUGCCCUUUCUACUGGUCAUAACAGUGGCGGCGAAUUCGUUGAUUGUGCUGGUGCUAAGUAAGAAACACUUGGCCACACCCACAAAUUUAGUUUUGAGGGCCAUGGCGAUAUGUGAUAUGCUGACAGUGAUAUUUCCGGCGCCGGGACUCUGGUAUAUGUACACAUUCGGCAAUCAUUACAAGCCGUUGCAUCCGGUAUCGAUGUGUCUGGCAUAUUCUAUAUUUAACGAGCUUAUGCCUGCUGUUUGCCACACGGCGUCCAUUUGGCUAACCUUGGCGCUGGCUAUUCAAAGAUACAUCUACGUGUGUCACGCGCCCAUGGCACGUACAUGGUGCACCAUGCCACGCGUCAAACGAUCAACAAUCUACAUCGCCCUCGCCGCUUUCCUGCAUCAGCUGACACGGUUUUUCGAUCGCACCUACUUCCCGGUCACCAUCGAAUGGAACGGCCAGCAAACGGAGGUGUGCCAUGUGGAAACCUCCGAUUGGGUAUACAAUUAUGUCGGCGAAGACCUCUACUUUUCCAUAUAUUUUCUAUUUCGCGUAGUAUUCGUGCACGUGGUACCGUGCAUCUUACUCGUCACGCUGAAUGUGCUGCUCUGGCAAGCCAUGGAAGAAGCGAAGGAACGACGCAAAGCGCUCUUCCGCGAUAAUAAGAAAGUAGAGAGCCGCAAGGUGCGCGACAGCAACUGCACCACAUACAUGCUGAUUACGGUGGUCUCGGUCUUUCUAGCUGUUGAAAUACCCAUAGCAGUGGUGACGGUACUGCACAUCUUCUCCUCGUUAAUGGGCGAAUUUUUGAAUUAUCGCAUGGCCAAUAUAUCCAUAAUGUUUACGAACUUCUUCCUCGUUGUUAGCUAUCCGAUCAACUUCGGCAUCUACUGCGGCAUGUCGCGGCAAUUUCGUGAAACCUUCAAAGAUAUAUUUUUCGGUCGCUUUCUCACCAAAAAGGAUGCUUCAUCGAAAUACUCCAUUGUUAAUGGACCACGCACCUGCACCAACACUAAUGAGACUGUGCUCUAGUAAAUGGUGAUGUGGGUACCGUUUCGCGGCGCUGCUGCUGGUGGCGCGAGCAAAUGGCGAAAUGGUGCGAUGGCCGCUAAGGUGGCGAAUAAAACGCGACGGCGUAGCGAAUACAAAACGAACGUUGAUAUUAUAGCCGAAGAGUCGGUUGUGGUGGUGGUGGCCGCACAAGAGGUGGCACGGAAUGAGGUUAGAGUGCUAAAUGAGGACGGCGAGCGCGCCAAAGUUUCGGUAUAACUGCACAUAAGGGUUAUUAGUAGCGGAAAUACAUACAUACAUAGGUAUUCAAAAUAUAUUUUUACACAGCAUAAUUGGGAGAAAUUGAAAUAAAUUAAUAAGCAAAGUGUUAUUAAGCUGAUUUAAAUGCAAAAGUAUUGUGAAAACAUAAAAUUAUUUGUACAUACUUACUGGCAUAUAUUAAGUAAAUGCUAAGCUCGAAAUUAGUUAAUCGAUGUCUGCUAAGCACUUUCCGUUAUAAGUUUCUCAUUGUUAUAUCUGUGGAGCACUUUAGUAUAUUUAAGCUGCCAAGCCAAAUGUAAAUACAAUUCCCACACGCAACAGACCUUUUGUUAGCUCAAGGCUUAAUUUAAUGGAAAGCCUUAAACCACAGCAGCACAAUGCCAGCUACUUGUGUACAUAGCAACCUGAGCACACUCCUUAAAAAAUAUAUAUAUUAAGUCUGCACUAAGCUGUUCAAUGCAAUUGCGACUAAGUAAGCCUUUGCUGGAAUAAAUAGAAAUUAUAAUUUGUGCAAAUAAGUAUAUAAAUCUGAUGGCUUACGCCUCAGACGACUUAGCAGCAAGUGUCGGCGUGAGCGCGCUUUUACUCUUAGCUUGUUUAGUUCGUAUUAAACGCUUGUGCAAGCUGGAUUAAAUACCAAAUUUAAUGUAAAAAAUUAAAUAUGAAAUUCUUAGAUUUUAUAGUUAAGAAAAACAAAAACAAAAAUGCACUUGAAAUUAUAGUGAAUUGUGUUUUAACUGUAAGGCAAGUAAGAGUUAGUGGCAAGUCGCGAGGAAAUUAACGAAUACUCAUUUAAAUUUGUAAACCUGCUGAGCCCCUACGUUUACCGAUUUAAAUGAUUAGCGAUGAGCCUGUGCUUGCGCAGGUAGUUGAGUGUGUCUCUGUAUAACCGUUAAGUGCGGUUAGUUACGUUUUAAAUGUACCAAUUACACACACACACACACACAUAGAUAUCUAAACGUUAUAUAGUAAUAUGAGUUGAAAUCUUAACAUUAAGCGUGUGUAUGUAUAUGUUAUGAACAAGGCUGUAAGUAAAUGCUAAAACUACUUUUUAACGAAAAAUAUAAACAAACAAAGCAACUUAAAAUUUAGUAUUUCUGCUUGCUGCAACAUUCAAUUAUUGUAAAUACUUGUUUUAGCUACCUAAAAGCUAACCCAUAAACAAAAACAAGCAGGAUGUAAGCAGAAUUUGUGGCGGUAGCAUGCAACUCUGGCAUAAUUUUUAAUAUGUAGUGUUUUAUAAUAAUUCCAUAACUUUGUUGCACUGGCCGGAUAUGGAAUGCGAUUUUAAUGGAAUGAAAUAAUUACGAAUACUUUUAAGCUGCGAUAAGUCUAAAUAUAGAAAUCAAACUAAAUAUUGUAAAUGUUGCGCUGAAUUGCGAAAUAAAAUUUCAAACUGGUGUGAAUUACGAUCUA